AGCCGAGCCCAACCGAGCCGCGCCGGGAGCAGCCGGGCCGGGGGCGGCCGAGCCGGGCCGUCGGGGAACCGCCCGGGAGCCGCCGGAGGAUGUAGGAGGCGGCAGCGGGAGCUGCUGGCCCAGGGAUUCCCAGUGUGGAGGAGCUGCUGCUGGUGAGGCCAUGAGGACAGCAUCCCCCUGAGCGCCGGGCGGAGGCGCCGGCCAAGCGGGACUACAACGGCGCCAAGAUGGACGGCCGCGGGGACGGCUACCACCACCACCACCACCACCACCAUCACCACCACCACCACCAGUCCCGCCACGGCAAGCGCAGCAAGAGCAAGGACCGUAAGGUGGACUCCCGGCACCGGUCCAAGAUGUUGGGCUGGUGGAGCUCCGACGACAACCUGGACAGCGACAGCAGCUACAUGGUGUCCGGCCGGCACGCCGCCGACCAGGGCACCCAGUACUGCGUGGACGCUCCCGAAAGUGCCUUCAGAGACUUGACCUUGAAGAGUCUAAAGGGCGGCGGGGAAGGAAAAUGCCUGGCCUGUGCCGGCAUGUCCAUGUCUCUGGACGGCCAGACGCUCAAGAGGAGUGCCUGGCACACCAUGACCGUCAGCCAGGCCCGUGAAGCCUAUCCCAGCGCCAGCGGCACCGAGAAGACCUUGAUGCUUCAGGAAGCAAAGGCCAAAGACAGAGCGUACCAGUACCUGCAGGUGCCGCAGGACGAGUGGAGCGGGUACCCGGCGGGCAAGGACGGGGAGAUCCCGUGCCGGCGGAUGCGCAGCGGCAGCUACAUCAAGGGUUUGCAAGUAGGCACUAUUCUGAUUCAUAUAUCUGUAACUGUCCCAGCUGCUGCACGCCACCGCGAAUGCUCCCGCGGGGACAGAGCUACGGGCGCUCCUUCACCACCGGCCAGAUCAAUGACGAGCUCAACCACCAGUUUGAGGCCGUGUGCGAGUCGGUGUUUGGUGAGGUGGAGUCGCAGGCCGUGGAGGCGCUGGACCUGCCCGGCUGCUUCCGCAUGCGGAGCCACAGCUACCUGCGGGCCAUCCAGGCAGGCUGCUCCCAGGACGACGACUGUCUCUCACUCUUCUCCAUGUCGGCCCCUCCUGGGCCACCCAUCACCAGCAGCAUCCUGAAGCCCAGCACUUCCUUCAGUUACAGAAAAGCUCCACCUCCCAUCCCUCCAGGAACCAAAGCCAAACCUCUCAUCUCCGUCACGGCGCAGAGCAGCACCGAGUCCACCCAUGAGAGUUACCUGCCCAGCGAGGUCGCCCGCAGCCCCGCCUGGUCCAAAGAUGCCGCGGCCCGCUGCAACUCUGCCGAGAGCCUGGAGAGCUCCAAGGUGACGGCUGUGGCCCUGGACCUGCCCCCAGUCCAGCCCCGUGCCGCUCCCAAGCCCUCCACCCUCAUCAUCAAGGCCAUCCCAGGCCGGGAGGAGCUGCGGAGUUUGGCUCGCCAGAGGAAGUGGCGUCCGUCCAUCGGCGUGCAGGUUGAGGCCGUCUCUGACUCGGAUACGGAGAGCCGGAGCCAGAGGGAGUUCCACUCCAUCGGGGUGCAGGUGGAGGAGGACAAAAGACUCCGGCCGCGCCUCCCCGUGCCACCGCGACGGGGAGUGGUUCAUCAAACUGCUGCAGGCUGAGGUGGAGAAGAUGGAGGGAUGGUGCCAGCAGAUGGAGAGGGAGGCGGAGGACUAUGACCUGCCCGAGGAGAUCCUGGAGAAGAUCCGGAGCGCGGUGGGCAGUGCCCAGCUCCUCAUGUCUCAGAAGGUGCAGCAGUUCUACCGCCUCUGCCAGCAGAACAUGGAUCCCAACGCAUUCCCUGUGCCCACCUUCCAAGACCUGGCUGGCUUCUGGGACCUCCUGCAGCUCUCCAUUGAGGAUGUCAGCAUGAAGUUUGGGGAGCUCCAGCAGCUCAAGGCCAAUGGGUGGAAGAUCAUGGAGCCCAAGGAGGAGAAGAAGGUGCCUCCCCCGAUACCAAAGAAGCCGCCGCGCUCCAAGGUGCACCCGGUGAAGGAGCGCUCCCUGGAC